UCUUCCGUCCAUAGUCUCAUCCAAUGUUUGUGCCUAUUUUUUUUUGUCUGUUUUAAAAUUAAGAUCAUAUAUAUAAAUAACAUUGCGUAAAUAGGUGUGGUGAAGCUCGCUAAAAGCCCAAAUAUUAUGCCGACCAUUGAUUCCAAUGAGUAGAUGAAGUAGCCUUCAUAGAUAAGUAAAACAGGUAUAACAGCUUACCAGGUAUGAUUUUUUAGCUGAUUAGCUGAUUAUGAGUCAUUGAAGUAUUUCCAAUUGGUUACUCAUUGGUUACUGCAUCAGUCUUGUUUGGUUGUUUGAUGCAAUAGUUGAAAAUGUCCUAUCCACCACCGCAGGGUACUCAAUAUCCAAAUCAAUACAACGCCAAUUAUCCUCCAGCCCCACCACAGGGAGUUGGACAAUAUCCACCAGCACCACCAGGUGCCUAUCCACCACCAGGAUAUGCACAACCACCAGGGUAUAACCAACCGCAGCCUGUCUACAAUCAACCCCCUGGUCCAUAUCCACCACCAGGGGCUGGUCAGUAUCCACCACCUGGUGGAUUCCCAGGCCAAUACCAAACUCAGGGUUAUGCACCUGUUGUGGAUCAACCUGUAAGCCAAGGAGGAGGUCCAAACAGUGGUUGGAUGCAUAUGCCGCAAGGUCCAGUGAAUUGUCCACCAGGUUUGGAAUACCUUACUAUGAUUGAUCAGCUGCUGGUGCACCAGAAAGUCGAACUUCUUGAAGCUUUAACGGGAUUCGAGACAAACAAUAAGUUUACAGUUAAAAACAGUAUUGGACAAAAAGUGUACUAUGCUGUAGAAACUAAUGACUGUUUGACAAGGAAUUGUUGUGGACCUAUGCGACCUUUUGACAUGAUCAUCAUGGACAAUUUCAGGAACCAAGUGAUGCAUUUACACAGGCCAUUGGCAUGUGAUUCCUGUUGCUUUCCGUGCUGUUUACAAAGUAUGGAAGUUUCCUCGCCGCCUGGCACAGUUAUUGGUACAGUUGAGCAAGAAUGGAGUAUAUUCUGUCCGACGUUCGCUAUCAAGAAUGCAAGCGGAGAUACAGUGUUGCGUGUCGAAGGUCCUUUCUGUACAACCAGCAUUUGCGGCGAUGUAGAAUUUAAAAUCACUUCUUCUGAUGGAAACACACAGGUUGGAAAAAUUUCAAAAAUGUGGUCGGGAUUGGUCAGGGAGAUGUUUACCGAUACGGAUUUCUUUGGUAUCACUUUUCCUAUGGAUCUGGAUGUUCGAAUGAAAGCAGUUAUGAUGGGCGCCUGUUUCUUAAUUGAUGCUAUGUUCUUCGAGAAGACUAAUAACGGCAACGUGUGAACACAACAAUGCAACGCAACAAUUCCAAUUCUUAUGACAGCUUAGCUUUUCAGCAAAAAAUUACUCUCUUUGUUUUUGUUUCUUAAAAUUUUAUAAAACUAAAUUUAAUAUAUACAUAUAUAUUUCUC